UCCUAGCUAGUGUGACUGCUGUGAGUUGCAGAAGCUGAGUGAUUGAAAUGGGAAGGUUUUGGUGUUGGUUUACCUGAGAUAUUUUUAAACUAUUGAAUAUACGCCGUGGAUCCUGACGUGUAAACACGUGCUAAAAAAGCACAUUAAAAACCCAUGUUCUGUCUUUUUAGAUAACAAGCACCAUCUUUUUAAACAGUGAUUAUUGCAUCAAAGAGAUAGUGUUACUGCAGUCGCUGCUCGAUGCGUUUAUUAAUAAGAUGCUGCUGCUAGUGCGGGUCACUUUGCUGCUUUCCUGGCUGAGCUGUUACACCAACGCUUGCGACCGAGGCGUGAGUGGCAACAGCAGCAAUAAGCGAGAGGCCGAGAUCUUGCUCUGCAGGUCUUGCGGCUAUGAAAUCGCGUCAAGUCUGGACCUAAAAUUCGUCGCCAGCAAGUUGGCUUUGGCACAGCGAAACGACACGGUGAUCGGAGACCAAAAAGUGCCGGUGCAGCUCUUUGAAAACCCCCACGGCCGACGCUUCCAGGUUAUCACGUUGAAGAAAGCGGCGCUGCAGAAGCACUGGCCGGCGGACAGUCAUUUCUCCUGGUUCCCCGGAUUCUCCUGGACCAUGUCCACCUGCCCUCGCUGCCAGUCCCAUAUAGGUUGGUCUUUCCAGCCCAGUAGCUGGCCGGGUCAGGUCACAGAGAAAGAUUUUGAAGAAUCCGAGGAGACAUUUGUGGCUUUAAUAAUUGAUCAACUUCUGCAAGAGAACUUUGCUGCCACACUCCUUGUGGUGCCGAGGACAUUUAGGAGUUAAUAACGUUUGUGCAUUCUUUUUUUUUUUUUUUUUUAAAGAUUAUAUACAAAUUAAUAGACUUGUCUUAUAUGAUUCCCAAACAGCCCAGUCCUUCAUUCUGAGGUAAAUGUGGCCUUGUGUAUUUAAAAACAAACCAUAAUUAUUUCUAAGAAAAACAACACAUCACAAAGUGCUUUAUAGAGGUAGGC